GCGAGGGAGCCAGGCCGCGCCGCGCCGCCGGCAUGUCCGCGCCCUGCUGCGCCGGCCAGUUGGCCUGCUGCUGCGGUACUGCCGCUUGUUCCUUGUGCUGCAAAUGCUGCCCCAAGAUAAAACAGUCAACCAGCACUCGCUUCAUGUAUGCGCUUUACUUCAUCCUGGUGACUAUCAUCUGUUGUGUCAUGAUGUCAACAACAGUAGCUAACGAAAUGAAAACGCACAUUCCCUUCUACAAGCAGAUGUGCAAGGGUAUUCAGGCGGGUGAGAUGUGCGAGAAGUUGGUGGGAUACUCUGCAGUGUACAAAGUCUGUUUCGGAAUGGCCUGUUUCUUCUUUUUGUUCUUCUUGUUCACCAUCAAAAUUAACAGCAGCAAAAGCUGCCGAGCAUACAUUCAUAAUGGAUUCUGGCUUGUUAAACUUAUACUUCUGGCAGCAAUGUGCUCAGGAGCCUUCUUCAUUCCUGAUCAGGACACUUUCCUCAAUGCCUGGCGCUACGUAGGAGCAACAGGAGGUUUCCUUUUCAUUGCCAUUCAGCUCAUCCUGCUUGUUGAGUUUGCACACAAGUGGAAUAAAAAUUGGACUGCAGGUGCAAACCACAAGCAGAUGUGGAAUGGUUUGCUUGCCCUGGUCACUCUCAUCUUGUACUCCGUUGCUGUGGCAGCCCUGGUCCUCAUGGCUCUUUUCUACACGCGCUCAGAAGGCUGCAUGUACAACAAGGUCCUGAUCGGUGUUAAUGGUGGCCUGUGCCUCUUUGUGUCGCUGGUGGCCAUAUCACCCUGUGUCCAGAAUCGCCAGCCCCAUUCUGGUUUGCUACAGUCAGGAGUUAUCAGCUGCUACGUCAUGUACCUCACUUUCUCAGCACUAUCCAGCAAGCCACCAGAAACUAUCCUGGAUGAAAACAAUCAGAACAUCACAAUCUGUGUACCUGAAUUUAGUCAAGGCCUGCACAGAGAUGAAAACCUGGUUACUGGCUUGGGUACUACCAUUUUGUUUGGCUGCAUUUUAUAUUCUUGUUUGACCUCAACAACACGUGCAAGCUCAGAGGCACUGAGAGGAAUAUAUGCAACACCCGAAACUGAAGUAGCUCGUUGCUGCUUUUGCUGCGUGCCUGAUGGAGACGCUGAUGCUGAAGACCACAUUGAAAAAAGAGGAGGCCAGACUGUGAUUUACGAUGAGAAGAAAGGCACGGUGUACAGUUAUGCCUACUUCCACUUCGUCUUCUUCUUGGCUUCGCUCUACGUGAUGAUGACAGUAACUCAUUGGUUCCAUUAUGAAAGUGCUCAGAUUGAAAAAUUCUUUACCGGAACCUGGUCCAUCUUCUGGAUUAAGAUGGUCUCCUGUUGGGUCUGUGUCUGUUUGUACUUAUGGACUCUUAUUGCUCCACUCUGUUGCCCAACCAGAGAGUUCUCAGUGUGAACACUCAGAAGGUCCUUCUGUGUUUUUCUCCCCACCCCCCCCCGCCCCCAUAUACAUUACAUACGGUAAUGUACUGGUUAGUAACUUUUUAGUCAGACUAAACAAAUGAUUGAAGACUGUUUUUACCUUUUUUAAUUGUCACAAACAAGCAUUGCCCAAGGGAACAAAUCUGUUCCAAAACUUUCUAAUGCUGAUGUGUGGAGUGUAGGAAACACAGUCGUUGCCUAAACUGGAAUAACUGAAAUGCUUUUCAAAUAACUGACAGUCUUUCUCUGACUUCAUUGGCAAGAAAAGAAAAAAUCAUGGUGCAGAUAUAUAUUCUUCCUUCCUGUGAAAGUUGGAUAUCUUCGAGCAAAUAUGCAUUCCUUUUUAUACUCUUUUAUUAGCUGUGUCUUUUACAGUUUGCAAUGAUGAUUUGGACUGCUGUUUUGUACAGCAUAUAAUUCUUAUAAGUAGAAUCCAGAUAAUUUUUUCUGAAAACAUAACUAAAUACUUCUGUAGAAAUAGAGAAUAUCUAAGAAUUUGACUGCCAAAGCAUCUACUAAAAAUUGUUUAUCUAAAUAUUAAAUAUAUUAAGUUAUUGUAUACCUAGAUUGAGAAAGGAAUGUACCAAUGAUAGAGUAUUUAUUCUAUUAUAACUUUAAAAGGCACCUGAAUAUUUUAUGCAAUUCAGAUCUGGUCCAGUUGUUAACAGAAGGGGAGUUCUACACACAAAUUCUUAAACUCUGAAUUUUGUCCAACUUUGCUUUGCCAGCUCACUUAAACUGCAAGUUGUGUGUACUGCACAGGGAUUUAAGAUACGGUACAUUCUUUAUUCAGAAUGUUUGCUGUUGAGAAAAUGCUAAUUACACGAGCACUGCCAGUUGCUGUUAAAUUUAAAAGUGGAGUGCUCAUUUACUUUUCUACCUUGCUGUUUCAACUUGUGUCUAAAGAUCUCCCAAGAUCUUCAGUUCUGUUUCCAUGACUGAUUUUAUAAUAUUUUAAAUGCAUUGAUGGUCAGAAAAGGACUAUAGUGCAUCAUCUUCCUUUUCUGCCUGUUUGUUGGUUGGAAAGUAUUCUUUCUAACUGCUAUAUUUUUAUACUCGUCUGUUGAUGUUAGUUUUGUUGUGGGGAUAUGACUUAGCCAACCAAUCCAUUAAUGGAGACUAAACUUCUUGGAGAACUCCUAUUCCAAGCAGUGGGGUAAGCAGUCAGAAAAACAAAACCAGAAGACACAAAUGUAACAGCAGCUGCCUUAGUACAAGUGACUGACUUGACAAUAUUAAACCCUACCAUGUCACUGUUAUGUGCUUUAAGCAGAUGAUUUGGUGGUAGAACAGCAGCUCAGGUGCCCUAAAUGCUGAAUAAGGUUGAACCCACUAUAGUUAUCUACAUUCUGGUGGGAUGAAUUUGUGACUUAUGCUAGUCCCAGAGGUUUUGUCUUCUCUCUCUCUCUCCCCCCCCCGCCAAUGUGAAAUAUGCAGGAUAUAAACAAAAUCAACUGAUUUAGCAGUUCUUUUUUUGAAAUAUGAUUGAGCCUUAAAUCUUCACCCAAUGCUUUCUGCAGAACAACGAAAAGCACAACAUAGAGGCCAAUGAGAUGGCCAAAAUACGUGCAUGCCUUAUUUGUUCUGUUGCAGUAAUUGAUGGCUAAUGCACACCUGGUGAGUAAUGAUAAGGUAACAGAUCUCAGUUCUGCUCUUGUUUUCAUUACCAUUUUUAGCUGCCUUGUUGCUAUGGUAUCCUGGGGCUUCUGUCCUGCUUGGAGCUUGCUAGGGGUGCGAUCUUCCUAACCCUGUGCACUCUUACCUCAAACGAAAUCUACAGGUCUGCAGUCCUGUAUAUUUAUACCACCUACCCCAGUGAUUAGGAGCCUCAAAAUACGUGUCACCAGACCUGAGGGAAGGAGGAGUCUGUCCAGACGUGACUUUCUUGUUGCUCUUCUCCUUGUUUGCGCCUAGGGGGAAAAAAGUUGAAGCUUAACUUUGACAUUGAGUUAGAAAAGAACAAAGAGCUCUGGAGAGGGAGGCGGGGUUUUUCUUUCCCUUUGCUUCUGCUGGGAGGUUCUUAUCUCGCCAAGAGCUGUGCUAGCAUGGGGGCCUGUCAGUAUGUCUCUGCCUGCAUUUGGAGUCCAGCCACGCAGAUCCUUCUGCAGCAGAAAAAGGCCUUUGUUAAUGCAUUCGCAAUCUAGAAGCCUUUAUCUGUCCAUCUCUAAGAUAAAAGCUUAUGGACUGUGCAAUGAUGACUUAACAGUUGUCCCACCUAACUCACGGCAGCUAUUCUGACAAACAGUCUUGAUCCAGUGCUAGAACUGUGAGCUGCAGCUGAGAUAGUCCAGGCUCUUGCUCCUCACUGGGUGAAUGCUGUUCCUUAAAGUAUAGAGGCUCACAGGAGUUGCCUUCUAGUGCCAUGUGUGUUGUACUAUGAGAAACCAAGCAUGUUUUUUUAAAAUUAGCUGUGGUUUUUGUAACAGAACAAUCUGGGCAGGGUGCUCUACAGAAGAAGGCAUGCACUAUGUCAAGUUAUAAGGCAGGGUGUGGUAACUGUUCUGGUUCUGGUAGCAGGCAUCCCAGUCACAAAUGUGGAUGAUCUUAUUACAUAUCUUGGCCAACGGAUGUUCUUAUUUGUUCACAAAAACACUUAUUCUAUGUAGGCAGUACCUGCCUGCGUCAGGACUUCCUGCAUCUCCUUGUGCUCAUUUUUUUUUCUAGUUUGUAUUUAAGGAAAUAGGUUUUGCACGGAGGAAACAGGGUUGUAAGAGGAAAGUCCACAGUAAGGCAUGAGUCCAUUCUUCUUACACAGCACUCACCUCACUGAGUUGCUCCUUCAUCCUUCCCUUCCACCAACUAUUGACCUUAAGCAUCUAGAUCUGCGACUAUAUGUAGAGCGGGAAUGGGGCAGUGCCUGACUACAUUGCUUUGUCGACUUCUGAGCAAACAUGGGAAAAGACCCUGAAAAUACCUUUGAGGACCUCUGUGUCCAUGCUGUGGCCCCAGAUGCAGCUAUGGAUCUCCAGGCCUUUCUAAGGAGUCAGUAACUGGUGGCACCUGGGUGUGCAAAGCCUCUAGGUCCUCAGUGAGGCAUGGCUUCCUGCUGGACAGGCAAAUGUUACAGCCUUAGCGUUUGCUGUAAAAUCUGUACUGUGAACUUCCAUGUGCAACUACUUAAUAAAAUCCUCAGCGAGGGUCGAGGAUUCAAAUGCCCAGUUCAUAGGUUCCAAACAGUUCACGCAAAUGGGCUUUUAAAACCUUUUUAAGAAGUGCCUUCAUACCUUCUGCUGUGAUAGCUAAUAAUUCAAGUGGCACUGGAACCAGAAAACCUGAACUGAGCCUGUGACUGGGUGAUGCUGCCUUGCACGUUACAACUGGUGUGUACAAGACACAGUCAGACCCGCAGUGCAUGUGGAAGACCAAAUAAUCUGUGCUUGACAGACCUCUGGGGGUGAGACUGAUUCAGAUAUUACUGUGCAGUGGAAGAUGAACUGGGAAAACUCACAAAUCGCCUGAUGCUUUUGUAAAUAAAUGAGUAGUUGUUGCUUACAUUUACAUUUAAACAGUAAACAGUUAACUUUCUCUCCCUGUACCUGAAAGUGCAGGUAACUGCUCAGCCUGAGGCGGUUAGCUGUGUGGUGUCUGUCCUGCCUUGUGCCACAAUUGUUCAUUGAAUUUGUUCCCGGAUGUGUGGUGCAGCAUUUCUGGCUCCUAGUAUUUUGGGGCUGUGUGAAGUGAGAAAGCUGUUGUUACAAAGGCAGGAAGACUAGAGAACAUGUCCCGUACCGUUUCCUCUAGUUAAACUUGAAUUUGAACUAAUGCUAUCAUUUAAUGGACUCUUGGAGGAACAGACUGUGUUGGCAGGUUAGUUCUGCUGGGAAGGUGAAACAAUUUUAUUGGCGUUUCCCUACUUUUUCAAAUUUGCUAUUGUAAGAAAGGUUAUUUGGAACCUCACUGCUGCACUGCCGUCUGAGACUGGAACAAUUUUAGAUUUUCUCAUGAAGGCAACCGAGAGCCGCAAUCGUGACUGGUUCUUGUUUGGGGUAGAAUCAGUGGGAUGGACUCAGAGAGCAAGUCUCUGAAUCCAAAUAGCUGGACUAACAAAUGAGACUGUAAAACCUUAUUAAGAAUUUGUGGAAAGCAGAUGGAUAUGCUUGUUUCCUGUUUACCACCUAGUUCCUCAAAGCAUACAGGCAGGCCUUGCAGCUGGAUGCCAAGUAAGGAACUCCACUGUGAUCACACAUCAGAGUUAUUACAUGUUUGUGAUACUCUUAACUUUGUACUUCAAGCAUUUCCAUGAGGUUCAAAAAGCUCAUACUUGCCCAGCUAAUUCGGUAGAUCCUGGCUGGGUUGGGCCACUUUCGUCUGAAACGGGUAAUUCAGUGUUGCUAAUGUAUGCGUAGUCCAGAGAGAGGGCUUAUCCCCUCACAGAAUCAUAAACACUGCAUGUCUAUUUAUUUAUUUAUUUUGUGUUUCAGCACCUUUUCACAAAUCUAGAAGCGCUUUGAGAUUAUAAGCUAUGCACGUAUAACUGCUUCAUCAGCCACUGGUGCAGCCAUUUCUGGGCUAGAACAUUGCUAUUAAUGAAGCAACAGUUGCACUUGCGAAAAAGCUGUAUUUUAGUAGUUUUCUGGUUUUGACCAAUGCAUCAGGAGAAUUUGGGAACUCAAGAUAGUGCUGCUUGAACUUUGGCUAGCAGCCCACAGUAUCAUGGGCGUCUCUGAACAGAUUGGUAACAAAACAAUCCACUGAUGGCUUUUAAAACAUACUAUAAAGAUUUUAUGCUAUAAACUGUUGGGCUUUUCUCCUAAAUAAGUUGAUGAAGCAAAAUACCAUGGGACUGUACCUGUGUGGCUAGAUGAGCAAGAUUAUCUGCAACUAAAAUUUUGGUCUCAUCUUUCCUUCUGGGCUUUAGAAGCAAUGUCUUUGCUUGCAGGCUGUAUCUCCUCGUUUUAUUUGCCUUUUUCUCCUUGGAUUUGUUUUUUAAAGAAUUGUAAACCUGCUUCACUCCCAUUCUGCUUCCUGUCAAGUGGGAUGUCUUUGGUGCUAGAAACUAGCAAAGGCUUCUUUGCCAGGUCUUGUUGAUCCUUUUCUUUUUAUAGCAGGACAACCUGCAGUGUUGAAGCAAAGUCAAGUAUCAUAGUUUAUUAUAUGGAUCAGUUUUCCUCUGUGAAAACUGCUGCUUUGUUUUCUGAAGUGGCCUACAAGUUCUUGUGGGAGGAAAACACAUAAUCAGGGCCAUGACAUUUUACUUUGUGUUUUCAAUUUUGUAAACAGUACUUUGAACUGAGUGUUUCACAUGACUGUACAAGGGAAUGCCAGGGGUCAAGCGCUUAGAAAGCUUUGUACUUGUAACAGGUUACGUAGCUUGGGAACUGGUAUGUCUCUGCAUUUUCGACAUCCUGAUGGCAGAAUGCCCACGUGCCCCAGGGUGGGGAUGCAGACACACUGCACAGGGUUUGAAGUAGAAACUUUGGGAGACUGGCAUGACAGGUGCUUUCUAAUGCCCAAAGAAACUCUGUUGGUUUCAAGUAGGCCUUAAAUCCAGUUUUGCUUUGGGUUUUUUUCUCAAACUUGGUUUUGACUCUGUGUUGGGUUUGUGUGGCGGGGUUUUGGUAGCGGGUUGGAAACAAAAUUAAGUUGGAUUUUUGGCGGAGGGGGGAGAAAUCAAUUUAAUUUUGUUACCAAUCAAAUCAGAGCAGGAUAAUGAGAAAUAGAAUCAUAUCUUAAAAACACACCUUCCCCUCACCCCUCCCUUCUCCCCAGGCUCAGCUUUGCUCCCGAUUCCUCUACCUCCUCCCCACCCAGCAGUGCAGGGGGACGGGGAUGGAGGUUGCGGUCAGUUCCGGGGGGAGGACUCCUCACACUCUUCCCCUGCUCCAGCGUGGGGUCCCUCCCACGGGGGUCAGCCCUCCAUGAGCUUCUCCAACGCGAGUCCUUCCCGCAGGCUGCAGCCCUCCACGAACUGCCCCAGUGUGGGCUUUCCCACACAGUCACGGCCUUCUCCGGGCCCAGCCACCUGCUCCGGCAUGGGGUCCUCCACGGGCUGCAGGGGAAUCUCUGCUCGGGCGCCCUCCUCCCUCUCCUCAUUCACUGACCUUGGUCUCUGCAUGGUUGUUUCUCUCACAUCCCACCCCUCUCUUCACUG